UUACGUGAUUACUGCGCUUGGCUCUGGCCAUUUUUUCUACUUCUUCUUUUUUGCGAGCACUGAGGGUCGUUGGAUGCCAUGGCGAGCUGUUGAUAAUGUUUUAAAUAAAUCUUGCUGCAUGCUUCCUUUCCCGGCAUUCCUUUUCGAGCAGAAGCAUAGUUUGCUGCGAUCAUCGUAUCGCAGGGGUCCUGUCAUUGCCAGAUAGGAGUAGCAUGCUUAGUAUGCUGUGCUCUGUGCUGCUGCAUUCCCUUUUCCGCCGCUUUGGCGUUUUGCUUCAUCGUUUUACCACCCCGGCUGCGUCAUCUUGAAUCUAUUGUUCCCGUGUGCGCGAUCGUUGUAGGCUAAAUAACAGUGCCAAUUGACUGAAGGAUUAAUAGCGAGCAGUGAAAAGUACCAUUAGAGGCAGAAGCGUGUGUUCUACUUUCAGUUGAAAUUAGCGAAAGGUUAAUUGAAAGGAAAAGCGAAAUAAUAUUCCCCGUAAGGCGCGUGUAUCCGUCAUCCACGCGUAUCGAAGUCCUCUAACACUGUGCGUGAAAAGGGGGAACGUGAUAUGAAGCAGUUUAGAAAAUUAGACAUUGUUCGGGGUAGAACAUUAUGGCUCAGAGUUUAUUAUCGCUGGUUGGUUCACUCACUGACUCACUACUUUUGAUGAAAAGAAAAUUCCUUCACAAAACCCCACCGCAAAACGCUCUGCGUGGUGAUGCCUACUGUGACCGGCAAAAAAUGUUUCUUCAAUGUAUGGCGGUGGGGCUACUGCGAUGACGAUCCUUAUUCGCUUAUUUAUGAUCAUAGGCACCGAGCAACCCAGCCGGGCCAGUGUGCUCUCCUUAUUCACGCUGCAGGACACACAGUUGGCCGAUGGUUGGUGUGUUCGGUUUGUGCCACAUCAUCAUUCGAUGCAGUUGAAUUGAGGCUCGUUCCUAGGAUCACCAUCUUUUGUUUAUUUUCUAUUUUUAUGUUGUAGAUAUCGUGCGGUACUGAUAAGUUUAUUUGCUAUUUAAUGAACCUUCCCUUAAUCAAACAAGCACCCACUACCCUCCUCGCUCUCCUUUGUUGUAGUGUUAGAUCAGUACAGCGGUUAGUUUGUAGUUCUCGAUAACGAACCCCACGAUCGAUUCAAGCACGCGAUUCCGGUGUGGCAAGGCGAUGGAUGCUACCGAUAAACGGGGCAAACCCCGUAAUUGUCUCGUGCGAUUCUGCCUAUCCGUAAGCUAUCAUUAAAGUUCCACCUUCAGGUGUGUCUAUGUGGCAGCCAGUAUGGCUGGAAAUAGGUUUCUUUUUUAUAUUUUUUAUAAAAACUUUCAUCAAUAAACGUGCGUGCGUGCGCUGUGGACAAUA